AUGCUAACAUUGAGUUUGUGCCGCAAAUAUCAAUGGGCGGACAGUCCCAGUACGGCAUACAUUAUAGCCGUUGCCAUACAAACAAUCACAAGACUAUCGCUUUGUUUUGUGUUUUUCAUUCAAAGAUUGUCCGGUAUUACGACCAGUGGUUGGAUUUGGUUAUACCUAUUACUGGAUACUAUUUUAAGUGGUCUAUCAGUGGCUACAUAUGCCACACAAGAUUUGCUAUAUAACUAUGAAUUUAUACUCUAUUGUAUAAACUUUGCGCUAACUGUUUGUCUAUUAAUCUACUGUACAUUUGCCGAUCAAUUGCCACCAGAAAAUAGCAACAAUACUACAGACACUGAUCCCGACUUAUGGAUCAAACAUAGUGUUUGUCCCAAAUCGGGCGCAUCCUAUGCAUCGCGUAUAACCUAUCAGUGGGUAAAUCGGCUACUAUUGAAAGGCUGGCUAAACAAGUCACUAGUAUUUGAUGAUCUAUGGGCACUGCGCCGGGAGGACAGUACUGACUAUAACUAUAGACGCUUUUUAAAACAAUGCUUAAUGAUUCAGUUUAUUGAAGAUCCCGGUGCUCCCCAAUGGCACGGCUAUGUCUAUACUAUACUAUUGUUGGCCAUCAAUGUUAUCGCUGCCAUUGUUCAGGCAAUGUUUAGCGAGUAUAUCGGUGUCACAUGUUUACGUAUUAAAUCGUGUCUAACAUCAGCCGUCUAUCGCAAGUCACUAGUGCUGAGCAAUAGUGCCAAACGGCGCACACCUACCGGUGAAAUAGUCAACAUUAUGGCCAUUGAUUGCCAACGAAUUAGCGAUCAAGGCGUCAAUCUGAUUACAAUACUAUCCAAUCCUAUUCAACUUAUAAUAGCCAUCUAUCUGUUAUACCUACAGUUAGGUGUGGCCACAUUUGCCGGCCUAUCCUAUAUGUUGGUAUCGCUUAUCAUCAAUGUUUCAAUCGGUUUAUAUACUGUUAUGAUGACUAAACAAAUGAUGUCAAUCAAAGACAAACGUCAAAACUUGAUGAACGAAAUACUUAACGGAAUUAAAGUUUUAAAAUUGUAUGCCUGGGAGGAGGCGUUUAUGGGUUUAGUUGAAAAAAUUAGGACUAAAGAGUUGGACAAAUUUGUUGCAUUUGGCCAAUUGAUUACCGUUUAUGUUGUAUUAAGCCAAACCUGUCCAGUAAUCGUCCAAUUGAUUAUCUAUUGUACGUAUGUGGCCAUCAAUCAGGGUGACCAACUGCAACAAUUAAAUGCAUCGAAAAUAUUUGUAACGUUAUCAUUGUUUAAUUUGGUCAGGCAGAUAAUGUUUACAUUGCCACAAUCGUUUAAUGCAAUUACCUUGAUUUACGUAUCAUUUAAACGUAUUGAACAGUUUCUCAAUAGUGAUGAACACUUGGAUUAUAUUGAAAACAAUUUAUCAAACAAUUGUAUUAUUUAUGUUGAAAAUGCAUCGUUUAAUUGGAAAACCGAUACUAGUAUUAGUAAUGCUAGUGAUAGUGAUAAUACAAAUAAUAUAAAACCGAUUUUACAUAAUAUUAAUCUCAAAGUAUUUGACGGCCAGUUUGUGGCAAUAGUAGGCAGUGUCGGGUCCGGCAAGAGUUCACUGAUGUCGGCCCUGUUUGGCGAUAUGGAUCUGAUUGGCAGUAAUGGUAGAGUCAAUGUUAGACCAGAUAUCAGUGUAGCCUAUGUUCCACAACAGGCCUGGAUAUUGAACUGUACGGUCAAAGAGAAUAUAUUGUUUGGUAAGCCCAUGGAUCGGGAACUGUAUAACCGGGUGCUCGACACGUGUGCACUCAGACAGGACUUACUACAGCUGUCCGACGGCGACGAGACAGAGAUCGGCGAAAAAGGAGUGAAUCUGAGUGGCGGACAAAAACAAAGAAUAAGUUUAGCCCGAGCUGUCUAUUCCGGUGCCGAUCUAUACCUACUCGACGAUCCAUUGUCUGCCGUGGACAGUCAUGUGGCCAAACAUAUUGUUACAAAAGUAUUUGACUCGAGAAACGGUAUUCUCAACAAUAAAACCCGUUUAUUAGUAACAAAUCAAUUGUUUGUAUUACCCGAUGUCGACCUAAUUGUUGUCAUAAAAGACGGCAUAAUUACAAGUGUCGGUACUUAUGAUAAUAUUUUGGAAAACCGUUUGUUUCUCGUAUAUGGUAUCUGUCGGGCCUCCAAACGUCUACACCGACAACUGUUGUCGAGUGUAAUGCAUUCACCGAUGAAUUACUUCGAUAGGACACCAAUCGGCCGACUGAUGAACCGAUUUGGUAACGACACCGAUGUUUUGGAUCGAUCGCUACUCUAUAGUAUCAAUUUAACUAUCGAUGCAUUCAUACAAUUGAUUGGUAUAAUUAUAACGAUAUCUAUAAAGACGCCAUUGUUUUUGGCACCACUGGCACUGGUAGCUAUUAUUUACUAUAUAGUUCAGUUUAUUUUCAUUAAAACUUCACGACAAUUAAAACGUUUAGAGUCGACCACCCGAUCGCCAAUUUACUCACAUUUUGGUCAAACACUGGCCGGUGUGUCCAGCAUUAGGGCCUACAAGUGUAUCGAUCGGUUUGUACGGGAAUCCGAUAGACGAGUAGACAUCAAUCAGAUGUGUCUCUAUCCUAAUGUUGUAGCAAACAGUUGGCUACAGAUUUGGUUGACAUCACUCAGCAAUUGUUUGCUAUUUUUUGCCGCACUGUUUGCCGUACUGGGGAAAGGCAGUCUAACCGGUGGUGAUUUAGGACUAUCCCUAUCCUAUGCAAUGUCGUUGACCCUAAUGUUAGAUCAGUUUAUCAAAACGUUUGCACAGUUGGAAAAUAAUAUGGUUUCAGUCGAACGUAUUGACGAAUACUGUCGAUUGGAAAGUGAAUCCGAUUGGCAUCGAUGUGUGGAUGACUACCCGUUAGCCAAUAACUGGCCCGACAGGGGAUCAGUUAGGUUUGAGAGUUAUGCCACCAGAUAUAGGAUUGGAUUGGAUUUGGUACUCAAUGAUAUUGAUGUGGAUAUUAAACCGGGCGAAAAGAUAGGUAUUGUUGGCCGAACCGGUGCUGGAAAGUCAUCGCUAACUUUGGCUCUGUUUAGGCUCAUUGAACCAGCAAUGGGUCGGAUAGUCAUCGAUGGCAUAGAUAUCGGACGAUUAGGUCUACAUGAGUUGCGCUCUCGGCUAACAAUUAUACCUCAAGAACCCAUACUAUUUUCGGGUACAAUUCGUUCAAAUUUAGAUCCGUUUGACCAGUUUUCCGACGAUCACUUGUGGACAGUGUUAGAUAAGUCACAUCUAAAAAAAUUUCUUGCCGCCAGUGAUCGGGGACUCGACUGGUCGGUCGCCGAAACGGGCGAUAACAUGAGUGUUGGUCAACGACAGCUCAUAUGUCUGGCACGGGCUUUGUUACGUAACACUCGUGUCCUUAUCCUCGAUGAGGCCACGGCUGCCGUCGACGUAGAAACCGAUGCACUCAUACAGCAAACCAUACGUCAAGAGUUUAGGUCGUCGACAGUACUAACGAUUGCCCACCGAAUCAAUACAAUUAUGGAUUCCGAUCGGGUGUUAGUCCUCGACAGCGGACGGGUAGCCGAGUUUGCCGAACCCGACAUUUUGCUGGCAAACAAAUUGUCAAUUUUUUAUACACUGGCCAAUGAUGCCGGUAUUGUUUGA